AUGGUGAUCGUAACGGUCGCAACAUUUGCUUCACCAUCAUGCAUUUUAUUUGUACCAUUACUAAAGAAAAAACUUUACGAACGUGUCAUGACAUUUCUGGUAGCUCUCGGUAUUGGUGCACUUUCUGGCUCCGCUUUUGAGGUACGAGAAAGAGAAGGAUUGGUAAAGUCCUUGAUUGUCCUCGGAUCACUCUAUUCAUUUUUCGCCGUUGAUAGGAUACUCCAAUUCGCAAUGGAAAUAAAACGACGACGAAAGUCAAGGAAAGUAAUGGAGAUCGACAAAAUCAACAAAAAGGAUUUCGUGACAACACUUUCCAAACCAACAAGUCGUAGAAAUUCUCAUAGCAAAGAUGAAAUUGAGCAAAUUAAGGCUGAGAUCGAAAGCGCUGCAGUUAAUUCGGCCAUUACCAGAACGUUCUCAACAAGUAAAAAAGUUCCCGUAAUUAUGCACGUGGAAGAUGCAGUAAGUCAUGUAGAUAACAACAACUCUCUGCAAGUACCACAACCGAUCGCCACCAUCUAUUCCGCUUCUCCAACAUUUUCUCAAAGACGCAUGAAUCAGGUAACAGAAGGGGAUACAAUAAGCGUUUCUGUAGCUGUGGUUGAGCAAAUGGAAGUUCGAUCAGAAACACUGGAAAUCUCCAGUAUCGCCUAUAUGGUCCUUUUUGGCUCCUCAGCUAACAAUUUCGUUGACGGGAUGAGUAAUGGCGUUGCUUUCGCAGAUUCUUUAGGCCGUGGCCUCAGCAUUGGCAUUGCUUGUACUCUUGCUAUCUUGAUUCGGUCGGGCCUAGGUCUCAAGAAAACAUUACUAUUAAAUUUAAUUCCGGGUGGUCUGAGUUAUCUUGGAUUCACCAUUGGGGCACUGUUGGAUGAUUACAGCGAGAGUGCUGAUACAUUUGUUUUUGCCGUUUCAUCCGGAAUGUAUCUUUAUGUUUUCUUGGGCACUCUGAUUCCAGAAAUGCGUGAGGCAACCACUGAAUUAAUCAACAAUAAUUAUCACGAAAGUAUAGUUGUUACCGUGUUGCAAAGUUCAGGUCUCCUAUUUGGCCUUUCCUUCAUCUAUUUCAUGUCACUGUAUGCUGAUAAAAUACAGUUCUGA